GAGGGCGGGCGAACGCGGCCGGGCGCGGGGACACGUGCGGGGCCAUGGCGCGGGAGGGCGCGGGGCUCUUCGCCGCGUUCCGGGUGCUCGGCCGCUUCAGCGGGCACGUCCCGCACGUCCUGCGCUAUCACGGCCGCCACCGCCAGUUCUAUCUGGCCGUCGCCGUCGGGAACAGCGUCCACACCUACAAUGUGAAGAAGCUUGGUAUUGUUGCUGUGAGUAAUACUUUGCCGCAAGACAUCACAUGUUUGGCAGCAGAUCGCAUGUUAAUAUUUGCUUCAUAUGACAAUGUUCUCCAAGCUUUUGCCAGGAACAAAGAGGUGGUUCAUACCUAUGAAGGCCACAAGGCAAGGAUACACCUUCUACAGCCUUUUGGUGAUCAUGUCAUCUCUGUGGAUGUUGAUAAUGUUCUUAUUGUUUGGAAUAUACAGUCAGAAGAAGAAUAUCUUCGAAUAGAUUUUGACAAAGCCACUUUUGCAGUUUCUGCACUUCUGCAUCCCAGCACCUAUCUGAAUAAAAUUCUCCUUGGGAGUCAACAAGGAACCUUGCAGCUAUGGAAUAUAAGAUCCAACAAACUCUUGUACUCGUUUCCUGGAUGGGGUUUAGCAGUCACAACUCUUGAACAAGCUCCAGCAGUGGAUGUUGUUGCUGUCGGCCUUGUAUCUGGUCAUAUCAUAGUACAUAAUAUUAAGUUUGAUGAAACUCUGAUGAAGUUUCAACAGGACUGGGGUCCUAUCACAGCAAUAUCUUUUCGUACAGAUGGACACCCAGUAAUGGCAGCUGGUAGCCCAGUUGGACACAUUGCUUUGUGGGAUCUAGAAGAGAAGAAACUGAUGUGUCAGAUGCAAGAUGCCCAUUCCACAGCAAUAGCUGGCAUGACAUUUGUCCCUGGGGAGCCACUUCUUAUUACUAAUGGUGCUGAUAAUGCUCUACGAGUUUGGAUUUUUGAUGGUCCUGGUGGUACAGGUCGAGUAUUGAGAAGCCGAAUGGGACACAGUGCACCACCAACAAAAAUCAGAUAUCAUGGGCAAAAUGGAGAGCAAAUUCUUAGUGCAGGUCAAGAUGGAACAUUGCAAUCUUUUUCAACAGUGCAUGAAAAGUUCAAUAAAAGCCUAGGACGUGGUUCAAUUAAUAAAAAGAAAUCAAAAAAGAAAGGCCUUAAGCUGGAUACGAUGGCACUUCCACCGAUUACAGCCUUUGCUUCAGAAGUGGCACAUCAGAGUGACUGGGAUGGUAUUGUUGCCUGCCAUCAAGGGUAUAUAACAUGUACAACCUGGAACUAUCAGAAAACCUCCAUGGGAGCUCACAAACUGAGGCCAGAAGAAUUUAGCAAACACAAACCUGUUGACAUAUAUGCAACAGCAGUUGACAUUACAUCGUGUGGUAACUUUGCUGUAAUUGGGAUGUCAACUGGACAGGUUGAUGUGUAUAACAUGCAGUCUGGCAUUCACAGAGGGCAUUAUGGCGAGGAAACAGCACAUGGAGGGGCCAUUAGAGGGGUAGCAGUGGAUGGAUUGAACCAGCUGGUAAUCACAGCUGGUAGUGAAGGAUUAAUUAAAAUUUGGAAAUUCAAAAUGAAAGAUCUGGUUUAUUCCACUGAGCUUUCUUCUUCUCCAAGUGGAAUUCUGCUUCACAGAGACAGUGGUAUUUUGGGAAUUGCCUUUGAUGACUUCACUAUUAGUGCUUUGGAUAUAGAAACCAGGAAGAUUGUCAGGAGAUUCUCAGGACACCAUGGACGAAUUAAUGACAUGACUUUCAGUCCUGAUGGUCGUUGGCUGAUAACUUCAUCAAUGGAUUGUUCCAUUAAGACUUGGGACCUUCCUUCUGGAUGUCUCAUAGAUUGUUUUUUGGUAGACUCUGCAGCUGUGAGCCUUACUAUGUCCCCUACAGGAGAUUUCCUGGCUUCAGCACACGUGGAUGAUCUUGGAAUUUAUUUGUGGUCAAACCGUUCUUUGUAUUCACUUGUGUCAUUACGGCCCCUUCCUGCAGAUUAUGAACCAUCUCUGGUGACGCUCCCCAGCACCUGCCCCAUGCAAGAUAUGGAUGUGUCAGGAGAUGAAGAGGCAUGUGAUGAAAUGAUAGAAUAUGUCUCACCUGAGCAACUGGGAGAGCAGCUGGUGACCCUUUCCUUGUUACCUGAAUCAAGGUGGAAAAAUCUCCUCAAUCUUGAUAUUAUCAAGAAAAAAAACAAACCAAGAGAGCCACCAAAAGUUCCGAAGUCGGCACCUUUCUUCAUCCCAACACUUCCUGGUCUCAUACCCCGCUAUGUUCCACCAGAGGAGGAAAAUGAUACACAGUCAAAGGUGGUAAAUCUUGGGGUACUGGCGCAGAAAUCUGAUUUCUACAUUCAUCUUGAAGAAGCCCUCAGCAGCAACGAAUAUAAAGCUCCACUUGACUUACUGAAAAGCUUGGGGCCAUCUAAUAUUGAGGUAGAACUGCGGGGUUUGGCCCCUGAAGGGGGUGGCUCAAUGGAAGUGAUGCUGAGCUUUCUGAGAAUGAUUGGGAUGAUGCUGAACAAGAAGUACAACUUCGAACUCGCUCAGGCUUACCUGGCACUAUUUUUAAAGUUACAUCUUAAGAUUCUCUCAUCAGAACCAAAACUCUUGGAAGAAUUAUCCAAAUUGUCAGUGCAACUUGGGGAAACUUGGAUUCACUUGAGGGCUCUCUUCAAUCAGAGUCUGUGUAUUUUAACAUAUAUGAAAAGUGCUUUGCUGUAAAAUACUUCAGGGUUUUGUCUGCGUAAGAUUUCCCUCAGAGCAAUAGUACAAUUUAUAACCAAAAAUAUUGAAUUCCAAAAAUCAUAUUGGGUCUUGGAUUAUAGAAUCAUUAAGGUUGGAAAAGACCUCCAAGACAUCAAGACCAGCCUUCUGAUAGAUACCACCCUGUCCCCUAAUCCAUAUCACUAAGUGCCAGACUGUUUGGUUUUGUUUUUUUUAAUACUUCCAGGGAUGGUGAUUCCACCAUCCUGUUCCAGUGCUUCUUCUGGUGCUGUAUUUUAUACAACUACAUACAGCAGAUAUUUUAAAACAUGCAGAACUGCCUAUUUUUGUUCACUUCAGUUGGAGAAAAGAUUUCUACGUGCAGCUAAAGUAUUUGUUGUGUUGGUCUGUGCUGUCAAUGGACAGACAUUUGGAUUCAAGGCCCUGAGCAACCUGGCCUUGUGAAAGGUGCCCCUGCCCAUGGCAGGGGAUUGAAAGUACAUGAUCUUUAAAGUUCCUUCCAACCCAAGCCUUUCAGUGAUUCUCUGAUUCUAUGGCUACAUAAAAUGUAGUUCACAAUGAAGAAAUGACUUGAGGGGAAAAAGAGUAGUGGGACUGCAACUUCUGUGCAGGAGACCAAAAACUGUAUUGUUCUUAAUAAAGUCAUUGUUGAUGCAAAAAUAAAACAAAAAGUCUGAAUUGUUAACACUUUAUUAACAUUAGUUUAAAGCAAAUUAAUCUAAAAAUUGUGUUCCUCUGCAAUUAGAGCACUUUUCUUAUGAUGUUUGUAAAAAUCAGUUGUCUUCCCUCUUUUGCUGACAUCUGUUUCUGAAGGCGAAGAUUUCCAGCUGUACUAAAAAUGAUUGAAUGUCACAGCACAGCUGGUCUGUAGCUGGUUAUAUAAAUUUAGCAAUAAAUACAAAACUUGAUUUGGCUCGCCUAGUUCAUUCUAGAAAAGGAAUAAACAAGUCCUCGGGUGAGCAAUGACAGGAUCGAUUUGAACUCAAACCGGGCACUCCAGCCAAUCCUAUUCCAUCCUGAAUGCAGACGUAACAUUAGCCGAGGAGCUGGGCAGUGCAAAGACCCCAGCCACUCAGUUGUCCAAGUGCAGGCAUUUUGAACCCCCUUUAAAAGGGGGUUCUGAACAAUAAACCCUGCUAUUUGUCACACAACCAUCAGUGAUUUCUGUUGGACCUGGCUCCAGCCUAGGACUGUGACAUAAUAAUUGAACUUCAAAAGAAUCCUAAAAAGCCAAGUACCAACCUAAGCAAACAAAAACAGUGUUUUGGGAGGUGGUUUCAUAUAGAAAUUGUUUCUUUUCUUAAGGAGGAAAGAUUACUGGAAAUAAAGCUGUGUUUUGAGGAAUUUUAAAUUAAAUCAGAUGGGAUUUUUUACAAAUUGAGAUUUAGGUUUCAAACCAUAAGGUUUGGGCAUUGUUUGGGACCUCAUGAGUGAAAUUAUCUUUAACUUUGCUGUUUGAGAGUACUUCUUCCCAGCAGAAGAAUCUCCUAAACAAGGCUUUUGCUCUAUUUCACAUGCUCAAGCUACUUACACAGACCAACAGAGUAAUUAAUACAGAUAUAUGCAACUUCAAUGAGCGAACUUAAAAGAUGAUUCAUUGCAUUUGAUAGAAGACUGAAGCAAUAAUGAGGGUCAGUUGUACUGUAUAGCUGGUUGUUUUCUUUAAUGCCAUCACAUUGUAGAUUCCGUUUUAGUCAUGUGUACUGGAACAAAUUAUCUGCUGACAUAGAAUCAUACAGCAGCAGAAGGGAUUGGGUUGAAAGGGACCAUAAAGAUCAUCCACUUGCAACCCCCUACUAUGGGCAGGAACACUUUUCACUAGACCAGGUGGCUCAGAGCCCCUUCUAACCUGACUGGACACUUCCAGGGAUCCACAGGGUUAUCCACAGCUUCUGGUAACCUCUUAUUGUCACCAUUGUCACAGGGAAGAAUUUCCUGUUAAUAUCCAAUCUGAACCUACUGUCCUUGAGUCUAAAGCCAUCAUGUACACAUGAGGUUUCUUAUGAAGUUUGCUACUGAGAUUCAAGAAAAUCCUUUGUGCCACAGAAUUAUUAAUUUCUGGUGAUACGGUUUUUGACAACCCAUUGCUCCCAGUUUAUUGGAUUGAUCUGAAGUUGUCCAAAAUCCCUUAAAUGUCAGUGUAAUAUAUAAUGAACCUCUCAGCUUGCAGGCAUUACUGUAACUCCUUUAGAAGAUCUUACAGAAUAAUUUAUUGAAAAAAGACUAAAUGUUCAAAGGUUAAUAAGGCAGUAUUUGCAGACCUGCCUCAGUGGAAGAAGGAAGAGUGGAUAAAGAGCUUUCAUCUUGGAUCAGAGGAAGGGUCUGCCAAGCCCACUAUUCUGUCUCCAGCCAGACGAAGAGCUGUAGUAGAGCAGCCUGGUUGUGUAUAAAGCGAUCCUUUCUCAAGCAUAUCACAGCACCUUUCAGCAGACAGCAAUUACAUACUCUCUGACCCAGCUGUAGCCUGACAGUUGUGUUUAAUGUUCUGUGACAGACCUUUUGUUCUCUGUGACUUCAUCUAAUCUCUUUUAGAACCCAUUUAUCCUUCACAACAUCCUGUAGUAAUGGGGCCUAAAAUUUAAUUAACGGGAAUAAUGUAUUUCUGUUUAUAUACUCCAGACCUGCUAUCUUCUAAUGUUGUAUGCCCCUCCUUGAAUGUGAGAAAUCAGUUGUGCUCUAGUCUUCAUGCUUCACUGAUUUUGCCUUAGAGCAGUGGUGAAAGGGUUUCUGUUCAUGAAAGACAUACUUUAUUUUGCUGAGGGCACGUCUGACAUCUCUUAGGGGGUUAGGUGUCUUUCCUUUUUGUUCUGUCUCACCUGUGGAAUUUUUGCCCAUUAGUGGCAAGGAAAUCUCCUGGUACUUGUUGGGUGCUUGAGAAACACAAAGAGUUCGGCUGGGCCCAGUGGGGAAGAGGGGCAGGAAAAAGCAGGGGGGCAGCUGGGGGCUGGCUGGUUUCUUCAGCUUCAGAGCAGAAAACUCGCUGGGAGUUGUUGUGGUUUGGGGAAGGGAAUUCACCAUCACCCAGACAGAGCUGCUGCUUCUUCUCCUUCUUCCCUCUUCAUCUGUGAGCCUCGCACUCCCUGUCCUGCUGGGAAGUGUGGCAGUACCAGGCACCUCCGUGGAACUGCUGAUCCACCUCAUCCACCGGCCCAGGAUCGCAGCUCAUCCCUGCUGUUCCAGCCGACUGUUCCUCAGAGCCCUGCAGGAGCACCGGGACUGCCCGCCCGAGGGGGUUUGUGAAGCAAAGCCUCUCCUCCAUCCCUUCCCGUCUCAGCCGAGAAAGCUGUCACGGGGUCCCUGGUUCUGUUUUCUUGCUAAUGCUGUAGUUAUUGUUGUUUGUUUGCCUUGUUAUAAAUACUAGUAAAGAACUGUUAUUCCUAUCCCCAAAUCUCUGCCUGAGAGCCCCUUGGUUUCAAAUUUGUAGUAAUUCAGAGGGAGGGGUCUAAAUUUUCAUUCUGUGGGAGGCUCUUCGCUACCAAACACCUGUCUUCCAAACGUAGACAACAUCCUAGAACCCUUUCUGGGUACAGAUGUUUAAAUCUGUAUGUACAAGAUGUAUCUACAAAACUUUUAAGGAUUGUAGAGUAGUGGUUGUUCCCCUUCUGUUUUCAUGGUCUGCUUGAAGUAAUAAGAAAAAGCUCUGCCAAACAGGCUAUAUUUUUCUUAAAACAGAAACAUCAGGGUAAUUUUUGUGAAGAAUGUAUGUAUAACAGAGUUGACAUGAUGUUUGCAGUCUGUAUGACCUCAUUAAAUGUGUUUAGUGCAGUUUCUUACAUCGUACACAUCUAUGUUUUAAGUCCACCUGGAACACUUCAGUAACUUCAUUCAGAAUAUAGUAUUUCAAUAUGUGUGAUAUCUCACCUUCUUUAUUCUUAUGUCUUUCUCAACAUUUCUACUCAUCACUGCUAUUUCAGGGGUGUUUUACUAUUACAAGAGCUGUAGAGUCUUCCAUCAGUAGUUCUGAUUGCUUCAUGUUAUUGGCCUUUUAUUUUGUCCUUUUUACCCCACAUCAAAAUGAUAAACAACUUGCCAUUAAUAAAAAAAUUUCUUCAGAAAUAAAAAACUUUCCUCCAGCUAGUGGAUGGAAGUAGAUAUUUCACCUGCUAUUUUCUGUGUUAUUCCUUCACCUGAGACAUCAAGGACAGUAUUUUGUUGAUUACAAGUGGUAGCACACAUGAAACUGAAUUUGAUAAUUUGGGCCUUGUGAUGCCUAUAAGAACUUUUUUAGCACGGUGUUUUUGUAAUGGAAUAUGGAAUAGGAUGUGGAAAAAAUUCUCGAUGGAUGAAGGGAUAUAGUUGCUAACUAGGUUUUCUUCCAAGCAGGGCAGCUACUGGGGAUUUUACCAUUCUUACACAAUGCCAAGCCCAUUUUAAUCUAACUCUGAGUAGCAGCUUGCUGUUAAAAUUCUCCAUGUUGUGUGUCACAGCACUCCUUCCAGCUUCCUCUCAAGCCUGUGCCUGCCUCUGUUCCUGUGCUUCCUUUUCACCAUGAUUUUCUCAGCUCUUUUUGUUCCUGAGUGCAGCUGCUGCUCUUAGCAACUACUGCACACAGCAGUCCUGUCAAGUUAGGUCUCUGUACUUCCACUAUUUUCUUUUGACUGUUAUUUUUUCCAAACAGAUUUGGUACUCAUGGUUGUCUUGACUUUAAGCCAGGUAGGAGGACCUUGCUACCUGAAUUUGCUACUGAGAGGAUUCAGAUGCUGCACAGUGAACUUCGCUCUUCUCUGAACCGUAAGAAGCCUUCAAUCUUAGUGGGCUUUGCUUUCCUUUUUCGUUCAAGUAAAAAAAGAGGUAUUAAGAAGAGAUGUAUGCAAACAUGGAGAGUAAAAGGGUAGCAGUGUUUACAUUGGCUACAUUGUUCAGAAACCAGUGUAGACCUCAGUUGAAGCUCUCCAACAUUUUGUACAUUUCAAAUUCAACUCUUACUUCUUCAAGAAAAAUCUUAGAAAGAUCUCAUAUCUGCAAGCUGUCAUACUGCAAGUGUUAAAGUCCUUACAGUAAGGAAACAGGAAGAUACUCAUUUGCAUUCUCGGAGUUAGAAAAGACAGGGUGUUUGUUGGCAUAUUUGAACUCUGUUAAUGAGCUGUGUUGAAUGAGUUUAGUAUUGUUUAAUUAUCACCAUUAUAUAAGUAGUUUCCUGUGUUGUCUGUUGGCAUCAGCUGAUGUUUCCUGAGUACUGUACAUCAAUCUUCUCAGCACAUCACCAUUUGUAUCUUUAGAAAUAUUUGUUUUAUGAAAAGCUAUUUUUCAAUAAAAAUAACUUAUCAUUUUAGAGAUGAGGAAUCCAAUCAGUGUCUUAUUUGACAUCAGUGCAAGGAUUGGCAUCCUUUACUUGAUGUGUUUGCAGUGUGUGUUAGAGGAGACCAAAAUGCUGUCAUUAAAUGUCCUUAAGCCCUGUGCUUUUCUUUCUGUGAAGCAGUGGUGAAUUCAGGAAAAUAAAAUGAAAAAUCAAAUAACUAAGAUUUUUCUACCCUGGCUAUUAUAUGUUCUACUCUAUGAUUCUGUGUUCCCCAGAAGGAUUAACUGAGCUCUCUGAUGCUUGUUGCACAUCACAGAGCUUUGCUGUUUAGUAGCAGUCUCUGAAAAAUUACUUUCCUCUGAUGUGUGCACUGCUGGUUUGUGAAACAGGUUAUGUGAAAUUACAUACUGCUUCCCUGACUAUCCAGUGUGCUAAAAGAAGUGCUGGCUCUAUGACUGUUAGAUUAUGAGUGCUUUAAGGAUCCUCAGCCUGAAGGAUCAGACAACCUUGGUGUUUUGCAGUUACCUGAAAUCACUCAUAGAAUAAGGUAGAAUUAAAUACUUGUAGAAUCCUCACUCAGUUGCUGUUUUUGUAGACUAUGGAAAUAAAACUUACCUACUUAAGUCCAGAGGAUUCCUUCACCCUUUCUUGUUAGCCUGUAGCCAAGCUGAUAGUUGCAUUACAGGUACACAGCUGAUGAUCUAUCACUUACUGUCUCUCAAGUUGCCCAAUGUUUGUCUCAGAAUGAGACAUUAAUUUAGCAACUCAUCCCAUCCAUUAGCACUCCAAACACUCUUUGAGGGUUGUUCAGAUUCAACAAAUGGAUUUUUUAAGUAUAGUUCACUGGAAAACAUAGCCAUGACAUUAUUUUCUUAUAACCAGUGAUGCUUCUGCUGCUCUGGAAAUGUUCCAUCUCUUUGUCAUGGCUGGAAAUGAAAAGUCACCAGCCUGUUGAAAUGCAACAUGUCCCUUCUUGUCCCGUGGAGCAAGGGUUAAAGCCCAGGUAAAUAUGUUCUCAGAGUGUGUCAGGUUACAUAUUUUGUUGAACAUCAGGUUUGAUCACACAGGGUUGUGCAGCUGGUUGUUCUUUACAUUUGUGAUUAACUUUUGUGUUUGCCCAUUUCUUUGGGUUGAUGAAAGGGUGAGGGAUGACUGCCCAGUUCUCUUUGAAGAAUUACUUUUCAACAGAAUCAAGACAAAUGUAAGCUAUUUCAGCAGUGCUUACAUCAGUGCUUAAUUGAGAUGGUUUAUUCAUGGUGCUAGAGUAAAUAGCACCAUCUGUACAGAAAUCCCUGCAGCUCCCUUUGUGUUGGUGGGUGAGGAUGACAGCCCACUGGUGCAUAUGGAAAGCGCAGAAAUACUUGAUUUUUUU